CGCUGAUAUGAGUUACGACGCCCUGGUCGAAGCCGUCGUAGAUGGGGGAUAUCUACCCGAAUUCCUCCUACGGCGAGGCAUUCGAAGUCAGCUACAGCAGCGUAUCAACCAGAUCAAGACUACGAGCCUAGCAGAAAGCUAUGAGACCAAGAUGAAGUAUGUCGAGCUUCUACGAAGCCGACCUAUAGCGAUAGAGACUGCAACAGCCAAUGAGCAGCACUACGAAGUCGGCACUGGCGUUUUGACUGGCAUGCUUGGACCAAGAAUGAAGUACAGUUCUUGUCUGUACCCGAAAGGCACCGAGACGCUUGCCCAGGCUGAGAUCGCGAUGCUGGAAAGCUAUAUUGAGAAAGCCCAGCUGAAGGACGGCAUGCGGAUCUUUGAUCUUGGUUGCGGCUGGGGCUCUCUAUCUCUGUACCUCGCAGAGAUGCUGCCAAAGUCGAAGAUCACAGGCUUCUCCAACUCUCGCACUCAGAAGGAGCACAUUGACGCGGAAGCCAAGCGGAAAAACCUGUCGAACCUCGAAAUCGUGACGGGAGACAUUGCAACCUACGACUUCUCCGGCACUCCUCUCGAAGGGCAAUUCGACCGCGUUCUAUCGAUUGAGCUUUUCGAACACAUGAAGAACUAUGAAUUACUCCUUGCCAAGGUCUCUACUCUCCUGAAACCAAGUGGCAAACUCUUUGUCCACAUCUUCGCCAACAAGUCUUCGCCGUAUGACUUUGAGUCUGGCUGGAUGACCGACCACUUCUUCACCGGUGGCACAAUGCCUUCGGCAGACCUGCUGCACUUCUUCCAGCGCGAUCUCCGGUUAGAGAGACAGUGGUGGGUGAGCGGGAAGCAUUAUGCAAAGACGUGUGAGGACUGGUUGACCACGAUGAACGCGAAUAAAAAACAGAUAUGGCCACACCUCGAGGAAACGUAUGGGAAGCAAGAGACGGCGAAGUGGUUCUAUAGAUGGCAGGUGUUUUACUUGGCAUGUGCAGAGUUGUUUGCGUGGAACGGCGGAGAAGAGUGGGGAGUGUGCCAUUAUCUGUUCGAGAAGCCUGGGAGUCUGUAGGAGGUACCUGUCGAUGAAGAUGGAAAAAUGCAAAGACGGUGUCUAGACCGAAGCUAUUUAUCCGUCAAAAGGUGGCUGUUUCAGAAACAGCUCGCCAUUUGCG